UUUAUAGCGUGGUGUGGGAGACCUCAGGGAUUCGAGGAGUGGUCCACCCUGAGCUCUGCGUUCGAGGCUCCUGGGAGACAUCCGCCCUCUUGCACAAUGUGGACUGGGCUGUUGGGAGCCGUCCUGCUCCUCUCCGUCCACCGAGCGAUCGCAGCACCGGGCUUCCUUGUAACAUUUCCUGCAGUGAUUCCAGCUGACUCCCAGGCAAAAGUAUGCGCUAGUCUUCUUUACCCCAAUGAGACCUUGCACAUGAGUAUCUUCCUGAAGCUGGGGGACCACGCCACCCUGCUGCUGGAGAAGAAGACAAAUGAAGCCUUCUACCAAUGUUUUCACUUCCAGGCCCCUGCGGUGGAAAAAGAGUCCAUACAGAGCAUUAGGGUGGAGGUACGCGGGGAGUCAUUUCAGAUGAUGAAGGACAGCUCAGUCAUGUUCAAGCCCUACUCUGAAAUAACCUUCAUCCAGACUGACAAACCAGUCUACAAACCAGGACAGACAGUGCAUUUCCGAAUUGUCACUCUGGAUACACAGUUUGCCCCUGUCAUUCAGCUGUACAGCACUGUGGAACUAAGGGAUGUUCACCAAAACCGGAUAGGCCAGUGGACUAACGUAUCCACCAAUGGAAGGAUUCUGCAGCUUUCUCAUCCCCUGAGCUCAGAAGCACCAUUGGGCACCUACACUCUGUCUGCCGCUGUUGGUGAAACAAGGACACAGCACAGCUUCAAGGUCAAGGAAUAUGUUUUACCAAGGUUUGAGGUGAAAGUGAACGCACCAUCUGAGGUCAAUGUUGCGGAGUCCGAACUUAAAAUUGAAGUGUGUGGAAAAUACACAUAUGGGCAAGCGGUGCCAGGCAAGGCAGAGCUGGAACUGUGUCGGAACAAACCAUGGGUUUCAAUCAAUGAAAGACCUUGUCACACUCAAUCUGUUCAACUGGAUAAAAUUGGCUGUGGAUCUCAUGUCUUCAACAUGUCCUAUUUCCACAACCUCGACAGCAAUUUCCAAGGCACACUUGCCUUUAAUGCCAAAGUAGAGGAACAAGGAACUGGUGUUAUUCUGCAAGAAAGUGCCAAAGUACGUAUUAAUAAUACGAUUGGGAGAGUCAAAUUUGUCGAAACACCUUCGUUUUAUGACCCUGGAUCUAACAUUGAGGGAAAAAUCCAGGUGGUUGAUUUUAAGGAUUUGCCAGUGGUGGACAUGCCAGUCUACCUGUAUAGGGGCUACUGGAGCUCUGACGUGAUGCUGAAUCUCACAACCGACCAGCAUGGCAUGGCCUCAUUCUCUCUCAACAUGACAGACCAUAAUGAUCACCUGAAUCUAAGGGCAAGCUGCUAUGGACCCAAUAUUUUGCGACCCAGCUUUCAGAACAAGUAUUAUGAGGAUGCGAGACAGGCCAUUUCACCGCUACAGCCUGUAACUGUUCAGAGACCCUCAGUCAGCUCUGUGGUCCUGCAGAACGUAGAGCAACCUUUGGCAUGUGGGAAGGUGGCACAUUUUACUGGGAAGUAUGUUGUGGUUGGAGAAAAGGCUCAGGACAGUCCCCUGUAUUUUUUCUACCUGGUCAUGUCUAGAGGUUCCAUUGUUCAUCAUGGUAGUUUUUCAGUUGCUUGGCACGAAGGCCCCUUGCUGCAGGGUGAAGUAUCCUUUGAGCUGAUGGUGGACCCGGAGAUGAGCCCAGUGUUGCAGGUGUUGGUGUACUCAGUUUUACCCAGUGGAAAUGUAAUUGCUGGGAACAAGGAUUUCGAGACUGAGAAGUGCUUCAAACACAAGGUGUCCCUGGAAUUCUCGCCCCCGCGGGCUGUACCUGCAGAGCAGGGCACACUGAAAGUCACUGCACAGCCAGGUGCUCUGUGUGGGCUGAGCUCCGUGGACCAGAGUGUGUUGCUGUUGGAACCAAACAAACAACUUGAUGCUGACAAGAUUUUCAGUUUGUUACCGGUCCAAAAAACGACACACGUGCCAUACACCUUGAAGGACUCUGAAACCUGUCUGCAUGUGAGAACCAGACGUUAUGUCAUUCCACAUAGAAAUGAUGCUCUUCGUGUUUUUACGGGCUUGGGACUAAAGACUGCCACUAAUUUUUUCAUAACAAUGCCUCAUUGCCUGCUUUUCAAGGGACAGACAUACCAUUACACUCAACAUUAUGAUAUUGCAUUCAGCAGGCACACAGUAGGUUUAUCCGGGAGAGUGUUUGAUCCAUCACUGGAGCAUCAACCCAUUGAGACCGUGCGUACAUUCUUCCCUGAAACGUGGAUCUGGGAUCUUGUGGAAGUGGGGGAGUCUGGGUCCACGGAGGUCCCUAUCACCGUUCCAGAUACCAUCACUACAUGGGAAGCAGAGGCCUUCUGCUUAUCCCCAGUUGGUCUGGGCCUUGCCCCCUCUACGCAGCUUACAGUGUUCCAGCCUUUUUUCUUAGAACUCACUCUGCCCUACUCCAUCAUUCGCGGGGAGCGCUUUGAGCUGAAGGCAACUGUCUUCAACUAUCUGCCCAAGUGCAUCAUGGUGUUGAUGACCGCAGCACCGUCCUCCGACUACAAACUGGAACCUCACCCUGGCUCUCAGUAUUCCUCUUGCCUAUGUGCCAGUGAGACAAAGACAUUCCAAUGGGGUUUGGUUGCCUCGGCACUUGGAGCCGUGAACGUGACGGUGAGCGCAGAGGCAGUGCCGUCACAGACCGAAUGUGACAACGAGGUUGUAAGUGUACCGGAGAAGGGUCGCAUUGACAGGGUUACACGCGCCUUGCUGGUUAAGGCUGAGGGAAUGGAGAAGACUGACAGUCACAGCUGGUUGUUGUGUCCUAAAGGAGAGGAAAUCAAGGAAGAGGUGAAGCUGGAGCUCCCAGAGAACGUGGUGGAAGGAUCAGCCCGUGGUUCGGUUUCCGUUAUUGGAGACAUAUUGGGUCGGGCCCUUCAGAACUUAGAGGGACUGUUGGCCAUGCCUUAUGGCUGUGGGGAGCAGAACAUGGCUCUCCUGGCCCCCAAUAUCUACAUUCUGCACUACCUGGAAGCCACAGGCCAGCUCACUUCAGCCAUCAGUGAGAAGGCCACACCAUUCCUCAAGAGUGGUUACCAGAGACAGCUGAACUACAAGCAUCCAGAUGGCGCCUUCAGCACCUUUGGUACGGGAAGUGGGAACACCUGGUUGACUGCUUUUGUUGCCAAGUCUUUUGUCAAGGCACAGACAUUUGUUUUUAUUGACCCCACGAUUGUUGAGCAAGCACAGACAUGGCUUUUAAAAAAUCAGAAGCCAGAUGGCUGCUUUAACACUGUGGGGAAACUCUUCAACAACAGAAUGAAGGGAGGGGUAGCAGAUGAUGUGACCCUGACGGCCUAUAUCACCGCAGCUUUUCUGGAGAGCAAGACAUCACACUCCGCACUGAACAACAGCUUAGCCUGCCUGAGGUCAGACACCAGCUACUUGACCAACACCUACACCUCAGCCCUGCUGGCCUACACCUUUAGCCUUGCUGGAGACCAUGAGAAACGGGACGAACUGUUGGAACACCUGCACCGCCUGGCCUUGGAACAGGGAGGCCUCCUGCAUUGGUCCCAGUCAACAACAGAGAUGACCUUGUCUGUGGAGAUAAGUUCGUAUGUGCUGCUGGCAGUCCUCAACAAAUCUCCACUGACCGCUGAAGACAUGGGUUAUGCUGUCAGAAUUGUCCGUUGGAUGGCUGGGCAGCAGAAUUCAUACGGAGGAUUCUCUUCUACGCAGGACACGGUGGUAGCCCUGCAGGCGCUGGCGCUCUUCUCCACGUUGGCGCACACUUCCGAGGGCUCCAGCACAGUUACGGUGCAGUCCACUAGUGGAGAGCAGCACCGCUUCCUCGUUGACCAAGGCAACAGACUGCUUUACCAGGAGAGGGCUCUGAAGGACGUCACAGGGCAGUACAGCAUUGCAGUACAGGGCACUAGCUGUGCAUCUGUGCAGACAACCCUCCGGUACAAUAUCCCCACGCCGGCUGUUAAUUCCACCUUCAGUGUUGCUAUCAAUGUGAGCAGCGAGUGCAAGGGUGUCCCCCGUGGAGAAAAAGUGAUUCUCAAAUUUAGUGUGGAAUACAAUGGGUUGCUAGAAAGCACCAACAUGGUGUUAGUGGACAUAAAGGUGCUGUCAGGAUUUGUCCCGGAUCCACUGUCAUUGACUCAGCUAAAACGCUCUGAGCUGGUGGAGAGGGUCGAUUCUAAGGGUGAUCACAUUGAAAUGUAUCUGAAAGAGUUGACAAGAAAUAUACCAAAGUUCUAUAAACUCCAACUGCAACAGGAGCUCAAAGUAAAGAACCUAAAAGCUGCAGUGAUCAAGAUGUAUGACUACUACCAGCCCAGUGACUACGUUUUGACUGAGUAUUCCUCCCCAUGUGCUGACCAUGUUGGAAAUGAAGAAGAAUAACAAAAUAUAUACUGUGUAUCGCAAAAUCUCCCCCAAACUUUCAGUUUCACAACUGUAUUAAACUUAAGUACUUGGCAAAA